AUGAAUGUCCAACAUCCUAAUCUUCUGAAGGCUGAUAAUGAUAUUCUGAAGAUAGAUACGAUGAUCGAGCAUUCACUAAAGAUAUUCAGGGGCAUUGCAGCGAAUAGAUACAAAGAAAGCAAACCGCCAAGGAAGUUGUUUGGUGCUCUUGAUAAGACAUACUACAUUGCUCCAGUAGAUGACAAAUGGUGUCACAAUGACAGCCAAUCUGACGAUAAGGAGCCGAAGUUGAAGAAGAUGAUGGAAGACAAAUUUGGUCGCAAAAAGAUUAACAUUUUCGGUGAUUCUACCGAAACCCACAGUGACGAUGAUGGUGAUGAUGAAGGUGGUGAUGGUGGAGAUACUGGUGCAUCUGCUGCUGGUACAGCUGGUGCUAGUUCAGCGGGAGGUGAUGAAGAGGAUACAGAAUCGGAUGAUAAUCAACCUGAGCCUGGGUACGAGUUCUAUCUCGAUGAAUGUGAUGUGAAGAAGGUAAGGAACAUUAGACAAGAAGAUGAUGAUGCUGAUUACGUUCCUUCGGAUACCGAAGCUGAACGUUUAAAGAGGAAGCAAACUAUCACUCGUAGAAAGAAAAAGGCAAGGAAGUACAUUGGUGCUUCAUCUGUGCAGCAGUCCGUUCCACAGCAAGAGCCUAUUUAA